AUGUCUGAACAAAUUGAGAAAACCUCUACUAAGAAGAAAAUGAAGAAGGGCUCCCGAUUCCUCCGUGCGCUGAAGAAGCUCCUGUGGUGCUGCUGUUGCAAGGCGCAGCAGCAGGACGAGGAGGCCGAGGAGUACGUGGUAGUUGAAAGCCCACGUCAGGAUGAGGGAGAGAAAGUUGAUGUGUGUGAGGAGAGUGGCAGCCUGGCUGACAGCGGCUCGGAGACGGCCCAGUCACUGCAAGUGACUUGCGGACAGUCUCCUGAGUGCGAGUCGGCCCAGGGCUUGCCUGAAGAAUGCGUGGCGCUGGAAGAUCCUGUGCAUGAGGCUGGCCAGAGCUUCUCUGACGAUGAGUAUGUGUCUACGCCUGACGUGCAGACGUCGUCAAAGGAAGACGAUGACUCCCCUGAAGAGUCCCUAGACUGUGAAGCGAUGUGUGAUGAAUCCUUGAUUGAGAGCAUUUAUGCUCUGAUUGAAGAGCCUCUGAAGCCAUCAGCGACAGAGGCUCUAAAGUGUGUUGAGGCGAUGCCUUCACCGUCCAAGGAGCAAGACAAGGCUGAGGGGCAGACAGAGCGCUGUGCUGCAAAACGUCGGCGACGCAGGAAGAAGAAGAAAGUGCCACACGAAGAGGAAGACAUUGGUGGCGAGUGGCAGUUGGUGUGUAAGAAACCAAGACGGAAGAAGAAUGAGACAGUCAUCCAGGAAGCCAUCAAGCCCUCUGAGCCUGAGCCACAGCGCGUGUCCCGCAAGUCCAAAAAGCCACGCCGGAACAACAGAUGCCCUCAGGACGACCGUGACCGAGUGCGUCUGUCGUGGCAGGAGAGCACAGUGGAGGUGGCGGUGCCGGUGCCGCCAAACAGACGGCGUCACGUCAUCGGCACGCGAGGAGACACGAUCCGUCAGCUGCAGCAGCAGUACCCCGCCGUGCGUGUGUCAGUGCCCCUCCCGCAGGACCUCGAGUCCCGGGAAGUGAUUAUCGAAGGGUCCAAGACACAGGCUGAUGCCGUGGCGCUGCAAAUCACCCUCCGCCUGCAGGCAAUAGAGGAGAAUCUGCGCGAGGCAGAGCAGCUUCGCCAGGAGAGAAAGAGAACGGUGCUAAAGGUGCAGGUGGCACCCCACAUGCGGCGCCACGUGGUGGGUCCUCGAGGCGAGACGCUGAAGAGGCUGGCACAGGAACACCCCACCGUCAGGGUGACUGUGCCGCCCCCCAGCAACACUCGGACCACCAGUGUGAGCAUUAAGGGGCCACGCAAUGAGGCAGCCGUUGUCGCAGACUGUAUCAUGGCCUGUGUGCAGGCUGCAGGCCAGCGGCAGCGGCAGCGGCUGCCCAACAAGGGAAAGCUGCGACGCGGUUGGCUACGGGCGAAUCUUCCGGCAGCUGCCCCUUCGCCGGUGUCGCUGCCUCCAGCAGCAGACCCCGGCCCCCGCCGCCUCAACGCUGCCUGGCCGCCACCCCGCCGGCCGCCGCCCCCAGCCGCCCGUACGCCGCCCCCAGCCGCCCGUAUGCCGCCCCCAGCCGCCUGUACGCCGUCCCCCGCCGCCCGGCCGCCCUCACGGCGCCUCCCCCUGCGGCACUCUCCAGCUGGCCCUCGCCACUGGCCAGCAGUCUCUCCCAGUCGCGGACGCUCCUCCACGUAA